UUUGUGCUGGUAAUUCUUUUCCUCUUCGCCAACACUGCUGCCCUUGCAAGCAUCUAUCAAUAUAUAUUCCUCUCUUCAAAAACACCAUCAUCCCUCCCCUUGAUGAACGUACUGUCUUAAGGGCAUCCGCAUGUACCCUCCACCCGCUGCCACCUACUUCCUUUGCCUCUUGCAAGCAAGCCUCGUAUCACCGCCGCCUCGACCCUGACCCUUUGUUGAUUAAUUCGUUCCCAACACUAGCCUCACUUAAUCAUUUGUCCCUGAAAUAUCUCCCCGCAUCUUACUUAUAAAGAUGAUGAAGAGGAAUAGUUUGAAUGAGAGAAUAAUCGCACAGAUGAAUAAGAAAAAGAGUGGUGAUAACAAGAAUGCUAAGAACAGUAGGUUCUUGAUUACCAUCAACGUUCUUGGGAGCGCAGGACCUAUAAGGUUUGUGGUGAAUGAAGAUGAUCUUGUCUCGGCCGUUAUCGAUACAGCUUUGAAGUCUUACGCCAGGGAAGGCCGUCUUCCGGUUCUGGGUUCCGAUGCCAAUAACUUCCUUCUCUACCCUGCAAAUGCAGGAUCUGAUGGUAAAGUUUAGAAAUACUAUUUUCAUUUUUUUUUUUUUUUUAUGGUCAUUUUAGAUGGUGUUUUAGUUCUAGACCUCGAUUCCAGAAUUAAAAUUUUGAAAAUCAUUGAAUAGCAACUCGGCUAAGCUGUAGUUUAGAAUUUCCUUCUAGAUUUUUGCUUUUGGGGUUGCUAGUUAAUUUUCACGUUUACAUAUACAUUUCUUUUAUUAUUAUUACUCUAUUUUCGCUUGCUUCAUUUAUUUUAGCUCUAAAUCCAUGGGAGAAGAUAGGAAUGUCUCAAGGAGGAAGGAACUUUGUCUUGUGCAAGAAGGCGGUGCACCCGCAGAAGUCAGAAGGAAGGUCAGAGAUUAUAGCCCAAAAGAACAGUAGGUGGAAAGCGUGGCUCAAUAAGUCCUUCAGUUUCAAGAUCUUAACUCACUGAGAGAUUAUACACAAAUUACAAAGAAUUUUAUGUUUUAUAGUUUAGACUAUGUCGAGCUGUAAAACAACAAUCAUUGAAUGAGAAACAACUCUCAAUAUAAGGACCCUACCCACUCAACCAAUAAUUUAAGUUAUGCGAUUCAGGCUAUAUUUUACAUAAUUACAAAUUAGGCACAAGAGGGGGGUGUGUUCUCUUUUACCACAUUCCAUAUCAGUUUCAUUGUUGUCACAUUCUGUGGAGGGGAUAAGCAUCCGGACAAAAGAGAUUGUUAUCAUAAAUGUAAUGUGUUCUA